AUGGAUAAUGUAACUUGUUCAAUCGAGAGUACAAUCUGUGUGAAUAGUGCACGAUGUGGUCAACCAAUAUGCUUUCUAUUAGCUAUGGCUAAUAAACAAAUUUGUCCACCAAAAACUGUCACAACUACAACUACAACAUUACGAACAACAACUACAGUACAUACAACAAGCACAACUAAAUCUACAACAAAAAUUACAACAACUCAAAAGAGUAUGACUAUCACUAAAAUAUCGACAACAACAUUAACAUCAACAGUUGUUGUAACAACUGCUAUUCUAUUGAAGAAAACUGAAAGUGAAAACAAAUCAACCUUGGAAAUAUCAACAUCAGCAACAACAGCAUCAUUAUCAUCAUCAACAACAGCAGCAUCAUCAUCAUCAUCAACAUCAACAACAACAGCAUUAUCAUCAACAAUAACAGCAUCAUUAUCAUCAUCAACAAAUACAAGCGGAUGGUUUUCUACUGGCAAUAUGACUAAUGCACGAUAUUUUCAUACAGCAUCUGUAUUAUCAAACGGGAAAGUAUUCGUUACUGGUGGAAAUGGUUCUAGUGGUACUUUAAAUAGUGCUGAGCUGUAUAAUCUAUUAGCAGGCACUUGGACAACUACUAAUAGUAUGACUAAUGCACGGUAUUUUCACACAGCAUCUAUAUUAUCAAAUGGAAAAGUGUUAGUUACUGGUGGAUACAAUGGUAAUGCUUAUUUAAAUAGUGCUGAGCUGUAUGAUCCAUCAACAAGUACUUGGACAACUACUGGUAACAUGGUUAAUACACGAUAUGGUCACAAAGUAUCUAUAUUAUCAAAUGGAAAAGUGUUAAUUACUGGUGGACAAAAUAAUAACGGUUAUUUAAAUAGUGCUGAAUUAUAUGAUCCAUCAACAAGUACUUGGACAAGUACUGGUAGCAUGACAAAUGCACGAUUUAGUCACACAGCAUCUAUAUUAUCAAAUGGAAAAGUAUUAGUUACUGGUGGAUUCUACGGUAAUGGUUAUUUAAAUAGUGCUGAGCUGUAUGAUCCAUCAACAGGUGCUUGGACAACUACUAAUAGUAUGACUAAUGCACGGAGUUCUCAUACAGCAUCUGUAUUAUCAAAUGGAAAAGUAUUAGUUACUGGUGGAUGGAAUGGUGGUUACUUAAGUACUGCUGAGCUGUACGAUUCAUUAACAGGCACUUGGACAACUAUUAAUAACAUGAAUAAUGCACGAUAUUGGCACACAGCAUCUAUAUUAUCCAAUGGAAAAGUAUUAGUGACUGGUGGAUACUUUGGUAACGUUGCUAAUCAUGGUUAUCUAAAUAGUGCUGAGCUAUAUGAUCCAUCGACAAGUACUUGGACAACUACUGGUAACAUGACUUAUGCCCGAUAUUCUCACACAGCAUCUGUAUUAUCAAAUGGAAAAGUAUUGAUUGCUGGUGGAUACAAUAGUAACCCUGGUGUUUUAAAUAGUGCUGAAUUAUAUUAA